AUGGAAGAGGCUAACAAGGAUAGCGAUUCGACAGUGAAUGAAAUCAGUUAUGGUCCAGGCAUAGUUCAGAAGUUGUGUGCUCGAUUUGCGCAAUUAUCCAAGGAACUCAAUGCAGCACCUUCGCUGCGAUCGCCACGCUUUAAACGACGAAAAUCAUCAGCAGAAAAUCACUUCACUGUAAUCAGUGAAAUUCGUCGGUGCACUGUUUCAAAGCCAACAAAUAAGCUUCUUCUUAAUGAUGCAAAAAGCAGUAUGAACUCCUGUGAUGGACAGAAGCGUGAAUUGCAUUUUGUACCACCGAUGAAGGUGGUUGACACGGCAGAGUUAAAUGGCACUUAUUUAUAUCACGCUACCGUGAUUCCUGGUGAUAUUAAAGCAAAUCGCAAAGCAAAAAAAAUCGAAUCGAUACGAGAGAAAUUCGAAAAAAUCUCCGCGACUUCAUCUACUAUUUCACGUAAAAAGCUCAAUAAAGUUCGUUUUCGACGAGGUUGCAGCUUGCCUACUGUAAACACCGAAUUUCCGAAUGGGGAACCUGAAUUGGUGGACGCGCAGAAACAAAUUUGGAAAGCUCAGCAUGAUGAAAGCUUUGAAAUAGAACGAAAUAACAGAGAUAUACAACUCCCGGUUUUAAGCGAUACAGCAAGAAUGGUAAUAAAGUUGGCACCGCCUGACGAUAAUCUGACUGUCACAGAGCUUUCCGCAGUACCAAGUGUAUCAUCCUUGUCUAACUUCGAGCAUUUCCAGCAGGAAGAAGAGAACGAUCAAAUAGAAAAACCUGAAAAAGAAGUUAAUGAUGAAUCAGGCCUUGAAAGAUCAUUUCAGUUCGAAGAUAUUUCAAGUACUUCCAUCGCUACUAAUAGUUCAGUUAAAAUGCCUGCCGGAAGGCAAAGAGAACAAGUCGGCUUGCAAGAAGUACAUCGUUUGUUAAAAAAGUUCAAUGAAAUCCGAGAACAACGAGCCAAAAAAGGCAUACAUAAGGACAUGACCAGUAAAAAAGGAAAUCAGUAUGACACGGAGGAGGAUCAUGAUCUGUGGAUGCGAGUGCAGGUGAAUCCUUCUUACGAUCUAAAUAUUGCUGUUUCCAAAAAUUUGUUGCUUAUUUCUUCAUUUAUCGAGAAAUAUGAGUGA